AGACACACAGGAAGUAUCUGCUUGAAAAAGUUGGGACACCUUUUGCUUUUUUUCACAGAAUUACUUAGACGGUUUUUUUUUGGUUUUGUGUUUUGACUGUCCCUCAUGUGAUAAGCCUUACAAUCAACAGUUUCUUGAUUUCCUGAACGGUCUGAUUCAUCAUGAAGCUGGAGGUGCCAAAAACCUUUGAAGAUGUUGCUGUUGAGUUUUCAAGUGAGGAGUGGAAGAUGCUGAGUGAGCAGAACAAAGAGUUACACAGGGAGGUGAUGGUAUGCAACUAUGAGAACAUGAUUUCUUUAGGUUAUAACAUCCCAUUGUACAAGCUUUUGUUACUUAUUAUGAAAGAUGAAACGAAUCCAGCUGCUGAGACUGAAGGAAGAAUGACCGUGCAAAAAAAGCAACUUCCUGGUAACAGAACCUGCAUCACCAGGAAUGGAGAAUUCAGUUUCAUCCAGAGUCUGCAGUCAUCCUAUGGGAAACUCUGGGAUUCAGAAUGUGACAGAGAUCUGGCAGAUAAGAUGUUAAUCACAAGGCAAGACCCAGUUCAGACUGAAAUUAGACAUGAUAACUGCAGGCAAAGGAAUGAGUUUGUUGUGAAAAAUGAAUUAGAAAUGCAUCUGCAAAUUGAAGCAGAAGAAAUGCCACAUAGCCGACUUAAUCAUAGCAACAGUCUAACAUUUCAUGCUAACAGUGUAACCGAUCAUCUAAGUGACAAUGGGGAAAGUGAAUGGAAUACCUCACCAGCACAUAAACAAAUACUCAGUAGACAGGCUUUGUAUACAUGUGUUACAAAUGCCAAGGGUUUUACAGGUACAAAAAAUUUAGCACUGCAGAAGACCAUUCAUACUGGUCAGAAUCCCUUUACCACGUGUGACAAAAGUUUUGCACAGAAAAAUGAUAUGGCAAUAUCUCAGGAUGCCCACAUUUGGCAUAAGCCACAUAAAUGCACGAUGUGUGACAAGACUUUUGCAUAUAAAGGCUGUAUGUUGACUCAUCAAAGGAGUCACAAUAGGCAGAAGCCAUAUAAAUGUUCCAUGUGUGACAAGAGUUUCGUGCACAAGAGUCGACUAGUUCUUCAUCAGAGGAUGCAUUCAGGGAAGAAACCAUAUAAAUGUACUGUGUGUGACAAGAGUUUUGCAUACAAAAGCAGUGUGGUGGUUCAUGAGAGGCUUCACACUGGGCAGAAGCCAUAUAAAUGCACCAUGUGUGACAAGAGUUUUAUACAGAAGAAUCAUUUGGUGAUACAUCAGUAUACCCACAGUGGGCAGAAACCAUACAAAUGUACUACAUGUGACAAGAGCUUUGCACAGAAGGGCAACUUGAUAGAUCACCAGAAGAUCCACAAUGGGCAAAAAUCCUAUAAAUGUGGCACAUGUAAUAAGAGUUUUGUAGAAAAGAGACAUCUGACAGCACAUGAAAUAGUUCACACCGAGUAUAAGCCAUAUGAAUGCACCACAUGUGGUAAGACCUUUAAAUAUAAAAAUGCUAUGACUAGGCAUCAGAGUGUUCACUCUGGACAGAAACCCUAUAAAUGCCCAGUGUGUGACAAAAGCUUUGCUUAUAAAAGCUAUAUGGUAACUCAUCAGAGCAUCCACAAUGGUCUUAAACCAUAUAAAUGCACAAUGUGUGACAAAACAUUUACACAGAAGAGUUACGUGUUAGUUCAUGAGAGGAACCACACCGGGCAGAAACCCUUUAAAUGCACCAUGUGUGACAAGAGUUUUAGUGACAGGCUCAUUAUGUUACGUCAUCAGAACAUCCAUACUAGGCAGAAUAUCUAUAAAUGCAGUAUGUGUGACAAGACUUUUAUAAACAAAUACUCUAUGUUAAGUCACCAGAAAUUCCACAGUGCAGAGAAGCCUCAUAAAUGUACUAUAUGUGACAAGAGUUUUGUACAGAAGAAUCACCUGGAAAGACAUCAGUAUAUGCACAGUGGAGAGAAACCUCACAAAUGUAACAUGUGUGACAAGAGCUUUGCUCAGAAGUGUUAUCUGGUGAAACAUCAGAGGAUCCACAUGAGGUAGUGUUGCAUGUCGCAAGAGUAAAUGUAGCAGUGACAUGGUAAUAUACCACUGAGUCUAAUGUGGGCAGAGGCAAACAAAUGGGAUAUUGUAUCUCAAGAAAAUAAAUUGCUACACCAGCUGUGCUAGGAAAAACUAGACUAUUGUAAUUUAAAGCAUAUUUAAAAUGCUACUGAUAGAAGUAACCCCUUAUAAACAGCAGAAAGAAGCAAUUUUGAGUCCAAUGUGGGUGCUGAAAGGAACACUUCUAAAGGCUUAAAACUGAUUUUAUGAACUUUAAUUAUGCAGUAGAUAGAAAAAUAUGUGCACAAGAAAAAGUGCUAAAAGCUUCACGUGCAAAUUUUUGUUCAGUAAUAGAAAAGAGCCAUGAAAAACAGCACAUAGACAAAGAAACUUUGGUCUAUCUGGAAAAAAGAUGUGACAGAUGAAGCGCAAAAAUAUGAGGAACAAAAUCCAGAGAUUUUUGAGAUGUAUAAAAAACGAAACAUGGAGAUGGGAAAGAAAAAGAGAUCUGAUAUGGUACAGUAUUUAUGGAAAGGGGAAAACAAAACUAAU